UUAUUUUUCGUUCGGUGAUCUGUUGUAAAAUUGUUCCUCAUGCAGAUGUUUGUUUCAAUGCGUUUGCCCGGAAAAAAGGUCAAAUACAAGGCAAGCCCAUGGAGUAUGGCCUUUUGGGUACUAGGAAAUGGUACGGUCUUUUGCGACUUUAGGGCUUGAGUCUAUGCUGACUGAACUCAUACUGACAUAUUACCUCCACUGUGGCCAUCACAGAUUUGUAAGCAGCAGUAACUCGGAUUCCAGGAAAUGAAGCUGAAGGUUGUGGGCAAGAAACUGUAUGAUUACAUUCGCUAUGAUCUCAAAGAAAUCGCUUUCCCUUCGUCGCUUCCAGAUCCCCCCCAUAUUAAAAAACGGCGUAAACUCGCCUGGCAGGAGCGAUUCUUGGUGUUGAAGGAGGCUUGUAGGCUUUAUGCUGCGAGCUGGGUACGAGAUAUCGGUCCGGAUCUUCGGCCAAAUGAUUAUAAGAAGUACGAAGAGAGUGAUGAUAAGCCUGAUGGAGCAAAAAGUAAGACAAAAGAAAAAGAACCAUCAACGUUGGAAGAUUUAGCGGUGGCUGCCAGAGGGGGAAUGGAGACAUUAAGGCCUGCUUUGCAGCGUGUGUAUAUGACAAGAGCUUCUGCCUAUAGAGAUGCGCUCAAAAGUUUCAUAGAAGGAUAUCAAGAAGGCAUCCAGCAGGUCAUGGAGAAAAAAGAGGAUUCUAAAUCUCAACCAAAAAGCAAUGCACCCAAAAAUCCAUCUUGACCUUUUGUAGGAGGGAAUAAAUCAGUUUUCUUCUAUUCACACAACUAGUAGAGCUUUUUACUUAUCAGAUUGUAGGAAACAAGCAGCAUGAUCCACUCCAUUCAGAGGUUUUACCUCAUUGUUGUAAAGCAAAACUUGGAAUUAAAACUAUCAAUAUUAUGGAAAAUAUUCUGUA